AUGUCUGCAGAUCUGCAGUGUGCCUCUUGCCUCCUUUCUCAGGAGGGCGAACAUGAGAAGCGUCGGAGCGUGGCCAACAUCAUAUACCUGGGAUGGGAUGAGGCCUGGGACAAGCGCUAUGCGCCUCGAAGUUGCUCAGUGCAAGAUGGGUCCCUUGAAGAGCGCAGACUUUUGCAACGUAGUACCAUUGACGACGAAACCAUCAUUUAUGACUCAGAAGACGAGGAACUUCCCGCGCUCAUGAAUGUGAGCGACAUUGAAAAGUUCGAGACGUGCGUUCACGUCAAACCCCCGGAGAACGAGCCUCGAGGACUAGCAAGUCUUGCCUUUCAAACCGCUGGCUGGCCCAAGACUAUUGGCAUUGAUAUAUCCUACGAAGUCACCAAACCCACGUAUGGUUGCCGCAAGCCGCAUCGGCUGGGACCUGAUGCGUUUUCGCACGAUGGGAUGUCAAGGAAAAAUGCAUCUUGGAUGAGGAGCCUGCUUCUAGUCAGCCAGCAGUUCAGCUUCGAAUUCCAGAAGAUGCUCUGGGAGUCCACCGUCAAGCGCUACACCCGCCUCCACACUAUGGGCGCAUCGAUCCCACUACUUCAGUCGGUGAAAUCCACGACUGGCUUCAAUACCCUCAGUCGGUUCGCACUCAGCAUGAGCAACAGCCAGUUUUUCCGUCUUUUGGGUUUCCGAAGCAGUUGGAAGCGCGGAUUCAAACCUUGCACUUCGUCUAGGGAAGUUACCCUCGAUAUCCUCACCAGCCUGAAUCUUGACCACUUGCAUUUUGACUUCCAGAUCCCCAAAAGUCCGUUCAGCGACGAAACUUUUAUGAUCAACGACCCGUGGCGCCAUGUUCACGAUGUGUUUCGCAAGACAGCUUCCUGUCAGAGGAAGUUCGUUGAUUUGUUCUUCGUGUUGGCGUUCGAUCGCCUGAGGAAUGUACCAAAGGUGACCUUCUCUGGUUACUUCAAGGAGAGCAAUUUGAAAACAUGGGAAGAUAUCUUGGCGGUAUCGCGGAGGACUCUCGAUUACGAUAUGGCUUCGAAGGUAUCAGCGAUCAUGUCGAUGGCUGCUGAAAAAUUGUAA